CCCUUUUCUUGCGCACUGACCUCUGAUCCAAGUCAGAAUGCUUACCUCCUCCAAAGAUAUAACACUUUCCACCAACUUAGAUACACCUUCUUGCAACUCAAAGGCCUGGAAGUUGUGGGAUGAACUACAGAAGACAUCACUGGAUGCCAUCCAGGCAUCUACCCCUAACUUUACCUCUUUCGGGGAGGAGUGUUUGCAUCUCGCUUAUAUCUAUCUAAAAAAACCACCAACAGACGAGGAAGCGAGUUGCUCGUCCGUGGAACCGUCCAACAGUGCAGCCCCAGAAUACACAAACGCCGACCGUCAUGAUCUGGAUUACAGUGCAUGGCCCCUAGAAAAUGAAAGGGCAACAAAUUUGUCUACCCCUCAAUCACUGAUUGGUCUCGUCUAUAUGAAAGCUGGUCUAUCAAACGUUCCAGCUGGCGAAGUCGAUAUUGGGGUUGUGAUAGACCCCGAGCACCGCCGCUGUGGUUAUGCAGGCCAGGCAGUAGUGCUCAUGUUAAACUGGGCGUUCGAAGAGCUGAGAUUUCACCGCGUUCAAGCUGCGAUAGUUGAUACGGUGGAUAAAGAGGCUGUUCACAUGCUCUUCACGAGCCUCGGCUUCCAACAUGAGGGAAUACGGAGACGCUCAGUAUACCUGCCGCCGGGUGAAGAAAGGGCAGAAGGAUGGUGCGACGUGACUUACCUAGCUAUGUUGGACACGGAAUGGAUUCUAAGAAGCUACAUCCGGGAUACGCCUAGAACAGUGUGGGAUGAACUAUUGGUUCGACAUUCGAGGGAGAGGGAGGAACUGGUGAAAUGGGACGAAAAGCGCAGGAGAUUAAGAAAGACGGCUAGUACUGAAACAAUUAAACGGACGGAGAAC